GCUGCCUUUUGCCCGCGGAGCUCCGGGCGUCCAGUUGGGAGUUGGGAGCCCUGCCCGGAGGCCAUGGCGCCGGCGGCGUCGAAGCUGAGGGCCGCGGCUGGUCUGGGGGCGCUUCCCCGGCGGGCGCUUGCUCAGUACCUUCGUCUCCUGCGGCUCUAUCCGGUGUUCACCAAGGCGGCCACCAGUGGCAUUCUGUCAGCUCUUGGGAACAUCCUGGCUGAGAUCAUUGGGAAGAAACGAAAAAAAGAAAACUCUCAAAAGCUAACCAUCAGUGGGCCUCUCAGAUAUGCCAUUUAUGGGUGCUUCUUUACAGGGCCGCUGAGUCACUACUUCUACCUGUUCCUGGAGCACUGGGUCCCACCUGGGGUGCCCUGGGCCACACUCAAGCGUCUGUUGCUGGACCGCCUGCUCUUCGCACCCGCCUUCCUGCUGCUGUUCUUCCUGGUCAUGGGCCUCUUGGAGGGCAAGGACAUGGCUGCCUGCGUGGCCCAGGCACGGAUGGGCUUCUGGCCUGCACUGAUGAUGAACUGGCGAGUGUGGACCCCUGCGCAGUUCAUUAACAUCAACUAUGUGCCUUUGCAGUUCCGUGUGCUGUUCGCCAACAUGGUAGCCCUGUUCUGGUACACGUACCUGGCCUCUCUGGGGAAGUGAAGCUGGCCUCAAGAGAAGCUGGUACUGCUGGUGGGCCUGGGAGAUGCCCACCUGAACAAGACCAGAGACAAGAGCAGCCUGACACUACA